GGUUGGGAAGUUUGCCUCUUUGGUUUCAGAUUGCAGCAAAAGGCCCAUUUAUCUUCACAGUAAGGAAGGAGUGUGGAGAGCUUCUGCCAUGGUAUCUAGGUGGAGGCAGUACAUGACGCGCAGUGGUUCACUGUUUGUCUCCAAUCAUCCAGUCUCUUCAAAUGAUAUAUUUUCAGAGAAGAUGCAUGGAACCAGAGGUGAGGCAGUUCAUAUCUCAAAAGAAAGACUCCCCUUAGAAGAGGUGAAGCUGCAGCAGACUUUAGACGAGACUCGUAGUUCAAGUGGAGCGUUUCGCAAAGAUAGCUCUGUAGAAAAUGACAACAAAGAUCUUGGUAUUAGUGAGAUUGACAAUGGCUCUGCUUCUACAGAAGGUGUGAAAUCAGUUGAUGAAACAAGUAAUGAAUUAGGAUCUGUAUCAAAGUUCUAUACAGAAAUUGACCCUCUGAAGGCUCAAAGUCCUCCUUGCAAUGUAUUUUCUAAAAAAGAAAUGUCCAGCUUUUUUAAGAGUAAAAGGAUCUGUCCUCCCAUUUAUAGUAAUCACCAAUAUAAGAGGCUGGAAACACUACCAGCUCCAAGAGACCCAUCUAUUGGGGCAAAGGGGAGAAGUGAGAUGAUUGGUAUAUACAGCAUGGGGGCUUAUGGAGAUAACAAAUUCCAACUGGUCACCUGACGGUAAAGAAGCAUCAAAGAAUCUCAGAAUACAACUCCUGGCAUUGGUGUGUCUUGAAUGGCAAUACUAUGGUUUUGAUGGUCAAAAUGUAAACAAAUUACAUGAAGGGCAAAGAAAUUUCGCUGCUGAAACUGGGGUUCCCUCUUUCAGUAAUAACUCUGAUCGAGAACUCAUGUCUAAAUCUAUUAGAAAAGGCAACAAUGGAAAUUGUACAUCCUCGGAUUCCAGUGAUGAGGAUUUAGGGCCUGUUGAAGCCAAUAUGUGUGCUUCUGCAACUGGUGUCGUAAGGGUUCAGUCGAGAAAGAAAGCGGAGAUGUUCUUAGUGCGAACAGAUGGAAUUUCUUGUACCAGGGAAAAGGUAACAGAAUCAUCUUUAGCCUUCACUCAUCCCAGUACACAGCAGCAGAUGCUUAUGUGGAAAUCCACACCAAAGACUGUCCUAUUGCUGAAGAAGCUGGGCCCAGAACUUAUGGAAGAAGCUAAAGAGCUGCAGGUUGUUUCUUUCUUGUAUCACCAAGAAAAAAUGAAUGUCCUUGUUGAACCUGAUGUUCAUGACAUAUUUGCUAGAAUUCCAGGGUUUGGAUUUGUUCAGACCUUUUAUAGUCAAGAUACCAGUGAUCUCCAUAUGAGGGUUGAUUUUGUAGCAUGCCUGGGAGGAGAUGGGGUUAUAUUGCAUGCAUCAAAUUUAUUUCGAGGUGCUGUUCCUCCUGUCGUAUCAUUUAAUCUCGGAUCUCUUGGAUUUCUCACCUCUCAUAGAUUUGAAGACUACAGGCAGGACUUGACACAGGUGAUUCAUGGGAAUAACACACUUGAUGGUGUUUAUAUAACUCUUAGAAUGCGCCUCCGGUGUGAAAUUUUUCGAAAUGGUAAAGCAGUACCUGGAAAAGUUUUUGAUGUUCUGAAUGAGAUUGUUGUUGAUCGGGGUUAUAAUCCAUACCUUUCUAAGGUUGAAUGCUACGAACAUGAUCGACUUAUUACCAAGGUACAAGGUGAUGGAGUUAUAGUAGCUACGCCUACAGGAAGUACCGCUUACUCUACAGCAGCAGGGGGUUCCAUGGUACAUCCAAAUGUUCCUUGCAUGCUAUUUACACCAAUCUGUCCUCAUUCCCUUUCUUUUAGACCAGUCAUACUUCCAGAUUCUGCAAGGCUUGAAUUGAAGAUUCCAGAUGAUGCUCGGAGUAAUGCAUGGGUUUCAUUUGAUGGGAAGAGAAGGCAGCAACUCUCUAGAGGACAUUCAGUCAGGAUAUCCAUGAGCGAGCACCCACUUCCAACAGUCAACAAGUCUGAUCAAACGGGUGAUUGGUUCCACAGCUUAAUUCGCUGUCUGAACUGGAAUGAAAGGCUGGAUCAAAAGGCCUUAUAAUUCCCCGGUGCUGAACAGAAGCUCAAAACACUUCUGGCCCCGGGAUGGAUUCAGGUCUGUGUAAAUUUACUGUACAUAGUCUAAACUAAAAUGUUACAGGAAAAUGAAAAGUUGCAAGAGCAGAUAUUUUUACGACAACACGAGUGCUCAAUUCCCAAGUAAG